AUGGCGAACAAGAAAUACGCCACUAAAACCCAGGCCCUGGAAGCGCGUAGAAUUUGUAAUAAGAUGGCGCAACGAAGGUAUAGAGACAAAAAGAAACAAAAUCAAGCGGGUUCGAAGUCUUCUCAACAAAGCAGAACAAUGGAAAAUGAAACAGAUGGAGAAGCACUGAGUGCAGUUCAGCAUCCGGAUGCAAGUGAGCAAGAAGCCUCAAGCGAAGUGGAGAACACCCCAAACAAAAGAAGAAGACCGAAUCCUUCCAGUGCACCACUCACUCCAUUGGAGCAUCUAGCUAUUAUGGACCAAAGCGUUGAAGCACUUUCUGUCAUCGACAAAGAUGCUUGCGACCCGAAGGCAUUAAUGGAUGGGCUCACGCGCAUCAAAACCAAACUACAACAUGUCGUCAAUCACGUACACGAAUGGAAGCAACCUGCUCUACAGCAAGAUGCUUCUAAUGUCAUGAGCAGCCAUUACAAUCCGCAUACAUCGACUGUAGUUUCGGGAAGCGCAACAAGCUUAAACACAAAAAAGAUACAAGCGCUCAGUGCAGGAAUGCGUAGAUACUGUGACGAGAAAAAGCUUCACGACAUGAUCGCAUACUAUGAGAGAGCGGGAACACCGGCGCAACUCAAGAUCACAAUAAAUCCGAAGCUAUUCGUGUAG